UAUUUUGUAGAUCAGCAGAAAUAUUUUUACCCGAUUCUGCUGCACAUGGUCCUUGUUGUUCUGUUCGGAGUAACUACAAUGGUAGCCACCGAAACGCUUUACAUGUCAUAUACACAACACGCGUGCGGAAUGUUUCAUAUCGUCAGCACUCGCAUAGAACAGGUGCUACGCGGAGGUGCAACGCGAGAUGCAGUAUCCGUUGCCGAGAGGAAUUUGAUGAUGUGUCAUGGAAUAAUUGAUGCUGUCAAUAUACACAAAAAAGCAAUCGAAUUUAUAGAAAUGGCUAAGACGAAUUUUGCGUUUGCGUAUAUGAUGGCAUUGCCGCUGGGUGUGCUGUCACUGAGCAUUAAUCUGUAUCGCCUCUCUCGGCUGAUAAUGACCGACAAUUACCACGAGACGAUCAUCAGCAGCGUGUUCAUCUCAGGUCACUUUUGGUACAUAUUCUUCUGCAACUAUAUAGGACAGGAAGUGAUCGAUCACAGCGGCGAUAUUUUCUACAAAAUCUAUAACGCACGAUGGUAUGCGUCUUCGUUGAAAGCGCAAAAGUUAUUGUUGCUCGUGAUGCAAAGAAGUAUGCGACAUUGCACGAUCAUUAUGGGCGGCUUGUUCGUACCAUCGUUAGAAGGAUUCGCCACGCUCACAAACAUGUCGGUUUCAUACUUCAUGGUUAUACAUUCCGUCAGUUGAUCACGUUCGCAAAAUAAAACUUGCCACUCCAGUCCAGAACAUAUAGUAUUUCACGAUGCAAAUAAUUUUUGUCACAAGUGUAACACUACGAGUACGAGAAAUACAACUAAUCCAGAAAGCUGUAUCAAUUGCUAUGCAUAAAAUAAGUGCAAAUAUUACACAAUUGUGUUACCUGUGUGUCAUUUCUCAAUUUUUCAUUCAAACCUUCUGCGUAAAAUGCGACACUGAUUAUUGUCCUGUUAUCAGUUACAUUGUAGUAAUACGCAGUGAGUUCUUUUGUAACGAUAGUUUCGGAAACAAUGCGACAACGCGACUCUUCUCCGCGCGCGGCAACGAAGAAAUGCAAAUGAACAACUACAGGAGUGAGAAACGAAUGCGAAGGCGCCUGCGUCGGAAUAGAACGAAGACAAUCGCGUGUAUACCAAUGCCACCGGCGAUGAUACAUUAUUUAUAUAUAAUUUGGUCAAUUCGCCGUUGCUUGUUUCCAUUAUCGUAUAAUGCAUAAUAAUGAAAUUGUCUUUUUGGCAAACUCGCAGAACAACAACCGCGUUAUUCUCCCCGCGAACAUCGUUUUUCGCACUAUUCACAACUUCUCUAGCAUUU